AGGAAAUGACGUCAUGUCACUCCCCUCACGUGCUUCGUUGCCGACUGCGGUGCCGUUUUUGAUUUUUUGGAAAGAAAACGGCGCUUCCUGAGUAAAUAAUCCGUGCUGGAGCACAAGAGCUGCUGCUUGUUGGUUAAGUCUGUACCCGUGUGGUGGUAUUGUGGAAAAACAUGAGUGACUUUGCAGUUCUCAACACAGGGUGCAAGAUGCCCCUGAUUGGACUGGGAACAUGGAAGAGUGAGCCAGGAAAGGUGAAACAAGCAGUCAUUUGGGCCCUGGAGGCUGGUUAUCGUCACAUCGACUGUGCAGCCAUCUAUGGGAACGAGGCUGAGAUCGGAGAGGCUCUGCAGGAGAUGCUCAGCCCAGACAAGUCCCUCAGAAGAGAAGAUGUCUUCAUCACUUCAAAGCUGUGGAACACGAAGCAUCACCCAGAGGACGUGGAGCCGGCCCUCCUGAAGACGUUAAAGGAUCUGAAGCUGGAGUACCUGGACCUCUACCUCAUCCACUGGCCUUACGCAUUCCAACGAGGAGAAAUGACCUUCCCCAAAAACGAGGACGGCACUUUGUUGUACGAUGACACGGACUACAAGCUGACCUGGAUUGCCAUGGAGAAGCUGGUGGAGAAGGGCCUUGUUCGCUCCAUCGGCCUGUCCAACUUCAACUGCAGGCAGAUUGAUGACAUCCUGUCCAUGGCCAGCGUUAAACCAACAGUUGUUCAGGUAGAGAGCCAUCCAUACCUGGCCCAGGUGGAGCUGCUGGCUCACUGUCGGGAUCGAGGUCUUGUGAUGACAGCAUAUAGCCCGCUCGGGUCUCCUGAUCGGGCAUGGAAACAUCCCGAUGAGCCCCUCCUGCUACAAGAACCAGUGAUUGCUUCGCUUGCACAGAAAUAUAAAAAGUCCCCGGCUCAGAUCAUCCUGAGAUGGCAGACACAACGAGGGGUAGUCACAAUUCCCAAGAGUGUAACAAAAUCCCGAAUCCAGGAGAACAUUCAGGUGUUUGACUUUAACCUGGAAGCAGAGGAAAUCAAAACCAUCACAGCCCUGAACAGAGGCUGGCGCUACAUUGUACCGAUGAUUCAAGUGGAAGGAAAACAUGUUCCCAGAGAUGCAGGACAUCCUUACUACCCCUUCAGUGAUCCCUACUGACAAUUUCACACUGAAACCUGAAUUUGUGCCUUCAACAGCCUUCCAAUAUCACUGAUCAUCGCUCCUCAGUCCUGCCGCUGUUGUCCGUCACUACUUACAAUCAAACAACAAUUAUGGAAUUUAACAAUGUUCAAGUUCCCUGCAGGUAGAUACAUGUAAAGUGAUUGUUUGCAAACCUGUUUCUAUUUUUAAAUAAAAAAAUUUGUUACUUCAAA